GAAGGUCGCUGCCCCAAGGUCCCCAUGCUUCAGUUCUAACUCAGACAAAAUUUCCAUUGAUUCAAAACAGAAGGCUCCAGCAGUCUGAUCCUGCAAUCUCUUCCAGUGUGGAAUUAAUAAGAGUUCAGUGUGUGAAGAGCUGAAAAUUGUCCAACGCACUCAAAUCUGAGGGCUGGGUGCUGCUCAAGGUGUGUGUGGUGGCCUGUGCCCUGGGCUGGGAGUCAGGAGACCAGUGUCCUAUUCCCGCCUCCACCACCAAACAAUUGUGUGACCUCAGGGCCCUGCCGUCCCACCGCAGCACAGGAUAAAAUGAACAAGAUGAAAAACUUCAAGCGGCGGUUUUCCCUCUCUGUUCCCCGGACGGAGACCAUCGAGGAGUCACUGGCCGAGUUCACAGAGCAGUUCAAUCAGCUCAACAACAGGAAGAAUGAAGACCUGGCACAAGGGCACCUGCAGAUGGGCCAUCUUGGCAGGGGUUUCCGGGCAGAGCCAACCUCCGUUUCCCCCUCGGAGGUGGAAGGCCAGUCCCCGACAGCUGUGCGCUACCGAAGGAACAACCAGCGCCGCUUCUCCAUGGAGGAUGUCAGCAAGCGGCUCUCCCUACCCGUGGACAUCCGUCUGCCCCCAGAGUUCCUGCAGAAGUUGCAGAUGGACAAUCCAGAGUUCCCCAAGACCUUCAGCAGGAUGUCUCGACGGGCUUCCCUCUCAGACAUUGGAUUUGGGAAGCUGGAAACCUAUGUUAAAUUGGAAAAACUGGGGGAGGGCACCUACGCCACUGUCUUCAAGGGGCGCAGCAAGCUAACUGGGAACCUGGUCGCUCUGAAGGAGAUCCGUCUGGAGCAUGAAGAAGGGGCACCCUGCACAGCUAUAAGGGAGGUUUCCCUGCUGAAGAACCUGAAACAUGCAAAUAUUGUGACCCUCCAUGAUUUCAUCCACACUGAGCGCUCCCUCACCCUUGUCUUUGAGUACCUGGACAAUGACCUAAAGCAAUACCUGGAUAACUGCGGGAACCUGAUGAACGUGCACAAUGUGAAGAUCUUCCUGUUCCAGCUGCUCCGCGGCCUGUCCUACUGCCACAAGAGCAAGAUCCUGCAUCGAGACCUCAAACCGCAGAACCUGCUCAUCAAUGAAAGGGGGGAGCUAAAGCUAGCUGACUUCGGUCUAGCCAGAGCCAAAUCAAUCCCCACAAAAACAUAUUCCAAUGAGGUGGUCACUCUGUGGUAUCGGCCCCCAGAUGUCCUGCUGGGAUCUACUGAGUACUCCACGCCCAUCGAUAUGUGGGGGGUGGGCUGCAUACACUAUGAAAUGGUCACUGGACGGCCCAUGUUCCCAGGCUCGACUGUGAAAGAAGAGCUCCAUUUAAUCUUCAGGCUUCUUGGCACCCCUACAGAAGACUCCUGGCCCGGAAUCACAUCCAACGAGGAGUUUAAGGGUUAUCAUUUCACCCAGUACCAAGCCCAGCCCUUGAUAAAUCACGCACCCAGGCUGGACACAGAAGGGAUCGACUUGCUGACGAGCCUCCUCCUGUAUGAAGCCAAAUGCCGGAUCUCCGCCGAAGAGGCCCUGCGACACCGUUACUUCAAGGCAUUGGGGGACCGAGUCCAGCUCCUCCCUGACAAUGCCUCUGUCUUCUCUCUGAAGGAAAUACAGCUUCAAAAGGACCCUGGCUACCGAGGUUCAGCCUUUCAGCAGUCAGCCCGAGGGAAAGGCAGGAGGCAGAGUAUAUUUUAAACCUGGCUCGUUUCCUUUGUCACCAUGAAGAUCAAAGCACUUAGAAAGGAGAGGACUACAUGCUUCCACAGGACCCAUCCACAGAAUUACUGAGACUAACAGGAAGAUACUGGAAUGCCCCUCUACCAUGGGCUGCCGUCUGUCUGUCCCCCAGAAUCCCACUGCUGACACCAGUCAGCCCACCAGUAGUUCUUAUAAAAGGAGCUCUGCCCCCAGUUGCUCAUUUUUCAUGUGACACUACCAAGAGUAAGCUGCUGCGUUCCAUACCCGGGUAAGGUACUUUAUCUAGUGACUAGCUACCCUGGGAGUAACCCUGAGCUCAGGAGACUUGUGUGCUGGUCUUAUUACAAUCCUGGUUGCUGCAGUACAGGGAGGUAAGCUGGAGUGCAGGCAGAGCGCAGAAUCUCAGAGGAUUGGCAGACAGCUGGGUUGUGGUGUGUAGUGAUCAUAUCGCGGAAGACGUUUCUGUGAAUGCACGGCAUGCCUGUGCUUGGGCAUCCUGCUAUAUCCACCAUUGGGGAAGUCUGACCUGGCAAGACGUAUUGCACUGUAUGAAGGACAUGCUAUCACAAGUAGGGGACGCCCUACAGUGAGCCCCAUCCAGGGCUUUCUGACAUCCGACAUUUAGUUGGGACUGAAACAUUUAACAAGGGAGAGCUCUCCUUCAGCCUCUCCCCCCAUGGUUAUCAACCAGGGAUCCCUCUUCCCCUCCCCAUUAUUUGAGCCUCAUGCACAGUUGCCAGGAUUGCCUGAAUGGCAGCCCCAAGAGGUCCAGAGAAAAGAGGCUGUUAAGGGGAAAAUGUAGAUUAGUUGGAUUCCUCUGAUCCCUCAGUUUCCUCAACAAACCCCCCUCCCCCCCGUUUAUUUUCUAAGCUCUGAGACCUGGCUGCUGUCUAAAGACAUCCCUAAAGCAAGAGCACAGAGUGCUGUAGCACGGCUGGUAUUCAGGAUGCAGACUCUGUCAUUAGAGCCAUGCAAAAUGUUCCCCGGGAUGUCUCUCACGCCAUGUUUCGCGGCAGUUCUGAGCCCCUCUGAUUUAGCUUUUCUGAGAAACCAAUGAAGUCCCAUUUCCCACAUCAAGAUCCUGCUGUGUUUCUAAUCCGCCUUGCACGGAAAGGUGCAUUUCCACUAGGAAAAGGACCCAUUUCCCAGCAAGCAGCUCAGGAAUUGCAGCAAAUGGUCCAGCCACUUGGGCCCAUCUUUGAGCUCAUGGCAAAACAUGAAAAAGCACAAGUAGUUUCACCGAUUGGUGCGAAUGAGCUGUGCAUGCGCAAAGCUGUGUCAUUCCACCUUUGUGGUGGGCAUGCAGAGGUGCUGACCAUACCUCUGUGAGGCUGUGGGAUCAUGAACCAACUCAAACAUAACACAAGCUAUUAAGCAGAAAACAGACCCCACCUUUCACCAUCUACCCGAUCCCCUAGGACUGAGCAUAUUGUGUUGGCCCCGUCUAUUACACACAUUUUGCACUCAGUGGGACUCAAGUGCUUGCUGAAAUCGGAACAUGUGCUUAAGUGCUUUGUGUCUUUUCCUCCCCCUCUAUCUCCAGGCCAUGCCAAGUCCAUUCUGGUACAAUAAGGACCUGCUCAAACAUUCCUCCAAAGCUCAAACCAAACCUGAAACUUUUUUUUUUCCAAGUUUGAAUUUUUUGUUUAGUUGAUUGAUUUGGGGAUUUUUAUUUUUUUUUAAGUUUUCAUCCCCUGUCCAGCUACCGCACCCUGUCCGAUACCCAUCAUGGCCCAGCUAGCACCAGGAAAAGAUGUGGAAUUGCUCUGGAGAGCAUGCAUCAUGGGUUGGUAGACUGACUGUGGGACUGGUAGGCAGGAACUCCUGAGUUCUAAUCCAGACUUUUCUACUCACACACUGAGUAGCCUUGGACAGGUGAUAGCACUGCUCUGUGCCUCUGUUUCCCCAUCUGUCAAAUGCAGCUAAUAAUCAUUAGCUGUCUCGCUGUGAGGCAAAGCAGAAGUUAGAAAUGGGCCUGGAUCUGAGCUUUGCCAAACCUUGAGGAGGUUUGGAUCCAAGGUUCCAGUGCAGGUCAGACUCUAAAUGCGAAGCAUGAUCAUCCCCAGGAGAUUCCCAGCCCAAUGUAUACAUCAAAGCAGUUUGGACCAAGUUAGGCUCAUCCCAGAUAAGCAUCCAGACCUCUGUAUUGUUUGAGAUUUUCCCGUCCCUGGUAGGUUUCUUUCAGUGUGUGUCCAAUAUACAGCAAGUUGGGGAAAACAGUGUUUCCAUCCAUUAACUCAUUCAGCACUUCACUCUGCAGCACAUGAGUGAUGCGGCCAGCUUUUCCGCAUGCACUUAGAGAGUGUUCUCUGUGCCAGCUGCAUCGGGUUUUCUUUUCAAGUGUAAGAGGGAGGUUUACAAAUAUUUGGUUGGUAUUAACUAGAGUAAGUUUUGACACCUGUUCGCCUGUAGCUAUCCUUUAACAAAGCUUUUUCCAUGAGAGUUUCCUAGAUAGAGCAGGAAUCUGUGCCAUGGUCUUACUCAUUCCACUGCAGACACCUCUAUUCGUGGGUGAGUAACUCAAUUGAUUGUUUACCCCAUAGAUGAAAUUUCUCCUGUAGGCGCGGGUUCAGCAAGGGACUUAAAUAUAUGCUCAGUUUUAAGCAGCUGAGUAAUCCCAUUGAUGCUAUUGUGCCUACUCACAUGUUACAAGUUAGGCACUUGUUUAAGGAGCUGUGCUGACUUGGGGGCCAUAACGUUCCAGCCUAGGGAUGAAUAUGGACCUAAUCCAUCUGCCCACUUGUGAGUUAUAGGGCCAAGUCCAUCACCAGCCUGGGGACAAUGCUCCCCUAUGGGCUCCAUCACUGGAAUUUAGAGCACUCAUACUCAGUGCUAAUGUCUCUUGCUUAUUCUCCUACAUACCUUGUGUGUGUUCUUCCUGCUCUCAUCAGCCCCAGGCUCUGAGGACUCAUCUAGGUAUGAAAGCCGUGGUGAGCUAUGUUAUAACAUCUGUGGCCACCUCUGAAUCUCAGCUGCUGCAAUGGUGUGCUUGGGGUCUGUUUGGAAUUACCAAGCCACAGCAAGGAUAGAACUCAGCACUUCCUGCUCCAAAGCCACAGACUCCUGGCCUUGGAGCUAAAGGGGGAUCCUCGUUGAGCUUUCUGAGUAUAGAGCCUAUGAAGCCCAGAUUGGCAGAUCUAGUUCUAUCCUGUAGAGGGCAGUGGAGCUGUGCCAGCACUAGAAGUUCUUAAUGUCCAACAUAGUGAGAAUAAUGAGGUUUUGGGGCAGCUAAUGAUUUGUUACACGGUUAACAAGGGCAAUGUUUUCAUUGACUUUUGGGCAGAAGAGGAAACAGUCGUCUACCGGUACUUGCAGUCUGUUUUCCAGGGGUGCCAAGCACCCGCCGCACCUACUGAAAUUAAUUUUGUCGGAAGUGCUCAGUGCCUCUGAAAAUCAGCUCUGUCUGACUCAGCUUAAAUCCUUCCAGCCUAGGGA